UUUUCGGAGUAAGUUGGAUGCGCGUCCUCCUCACUCGCAUCCCGAAAGCACAUCGAACCUGUGACGAUGGGGAAGCUCAGGAAACACCGCUUUGGGAUGUUGACCUUUUCCUUCUUUUGCACUUUUAUCUGCUGUGCGCAAAGCGCCAAAGAUCUGAGGGAUCCCAGUAACAUGCCGCUGGUUAAAGACACGGUCGACAGACUGAUGAAAGGCUACGACAUUCGGUUGAGGCCAGAUUUCGGAGGUGCGCCGGUGGCGGUGGGGAUGAAUAUAGACAUAGCCAGCAUAGACAUGGUGUCUGAAGUCAAUAUGGACUACACGUUGACCAUGUACUUCCAGCAGGCCUGGCGGGACAAGCGUCUGUCCUACUCUGAGAUAGCCCUCAACCUGACGCUGGAUAACAGGGUCGCCGACUCGCUCUGGGUUCCCGACACCUAUUUCCUGAACGAUAAAAAGUCCUUUGUCCACGGCGUCACGGUCAAGAACAGAAUGAUCCGACUGCAUCCGGACGGCACCGUUCUCUAUGGACUCCGGAUCACAACCACAGCAGCCUGUAUGAUGGAUCUGAGGCGGUAUCCUCUGGAUGAACAGAAUUGUACACUGGAGAUCGAGAGCUAUGGCUACACCACUGAUGACAUUGAGUUCUACUGGCGAGGGGGAGAUGGAGCUGUGUCUGGGGUGGAGAGAAUAGAGCUGCCUCAGUUCUCCAUCGUGGACUACAAACUGGUCUCCAAGAAUGUGGUCUUCUCUACAGGUUCCUACCCACGUCUGUCUCUGAGCUUCAAGCUGAAGAGGAACAUCGGCUACUUCAUCCUCCAGACCUACAUGCCCUCUAUCCUGAUCACCAUCCUGUCCUGGGUCUCCUUCUGGAUCAACUACGAUGCCUCCGCUGCCAGAGUGGCCCUGGGUAUCACCACGGUGUUGACCAUGACUACCAUCAACACCCAUCUGAGAGAGACGCUCCCUAAGAUCCCCUACGUCAAGGCCAUAGACAUGUACCUGAUGGGCUGCUUCGUGUUUGUCUUCCUGGCCCUGCUGGAGUACGCCUUCGUCAACUACAUCUUCUUCGGACGGGGGCCCCAGAGGCAGAAGAGGGCCGCGGAGAAACUAGCCGUCGUCAACAACGAGAAACUCCGACCCGACCCCAAUAAGUGGAUGGUGGGAAAUGUAGUUCAGAGAGAUGAUGCUCUGUAUGCCAGAAUGAAACAGAGGGAAAUUGACGCGUAUGACACGAUGUGGGAUCCCAUCUUUGUGGACGAUGCCGCAUUAGGACUAGGCGAGCAAAGAAAUAAGAUGACCACCUCCCUGACUGAUGACAACAUCCUGUUUGGUUCCCUGGAGAUGAAGAACGAGAUGGGGGGUGUUCCUCCUGAGCUGUCCAGGUCCCUGGGCCCUGGGGGUCUGGGUGACCCGCGCAACACCAUGCUGGCCUACGACAGCUCCACACUGCAGUACCGCAGGGCCGCCAUGGCCCGACAGAACUACGGUGGCGGACCUCACAGCGCCCUGGAGCGCCACGCCACCCAGAAGAAGUCCCGCCUACGGAGACGGGCCUCGCAGCUCAAGGUCAACAUCCCUGACCUGGCUGAUGUGAACUCUAUCGACAAGUGGUCCAGGAUGAUCUUCCCUACCGUGUUUUCCUUCUUUAACGUGAUCUACUGGCUCUACUACGCUCACUAAGGAGAGAUGGAUGGAGGGAUAUCAUUGAUGAGAGAGAGAGAGAGAGAGAGAGGGGAGAGAGAGAGGGAGAGAGAGAGCGCACCUAUUAUUUUGCUGAUUCAGUAUUAAAGAAAUGUGAGAAAAAUAGUUUUGGAAGGAAGGAGCUCUACACCCGAACACUUCUUCUACAGCAUCUAUCUGCCAUGACACUCUUAUGAUCUGGGAAUAACCUCUAAUGACUGACUGACACGUCAACAGAGGAGAGAUUUUAAAAAGACAAGACAGACAGACAUGGUGCCUAAUCCUGAAGAAAUGUCAAUAUAUCACUCUAAUAUUUGUCAUUUGUAGCUUAACUCUCUGUGGAUCAAAUAUUUAUGCUUGUGUUUUGCAUAUACUUUAAGGAUUUGUUUAGUUUUAGUCUAUGUAUUUUGUUCAUAGCCGAGCUAUCUGCAUCCAGGAAACCUUUCCUCGAGGGGUUUAAAGGGGUUCAUCCGUGAUUAAACUAUUUUCCUGUAGUUAUUGUAAUACAAAAAACAUUCUUUAAAAAGCAUGCUUCUAUUUCAUUUCUGCUGCGUCUCCAUCUUUAUCGAUGGAGCACAAAGCAUUUGAGUUUUUAACUAGUUGAGGUUUUUUCCUUCUGUGUAGCAGUGUCUGCAGAACUCACCCCCCAUACUGUAGCUUAGGCUGAGUUUGGGGUUCGAUUGGGGACCAACAACAAUGGGCUACUGUAAGUGAUAGUACCGCAGAUGGUCAAUAGGGGGCACUCUUCUCUAUGGACAUUCCAAUGGGUCUUCAGUGUUGCCGUUUCUGUCCUGCCAAUUUGUGGGUUCGUGACCUUUUACCUAGAGAUCAUGACCCAUCAUCCAUUCUGGCCAUUGAAGUUCCCAUGAAGGUUUCAUAUGUAAAAGAUAUGGUACGACCAUGAAGGUUUCAUAUGUGAAAGGUAUGAUACCAUGGAUCUUGAACCUGCCAAGUGUUUUUUGAUCUUACUUUGUUGUACUGACAGAAUCUAGUAGUCCAUCACAUCAAACUGCCCUGGUUUAAAAGAGAGAGACAGUACUGCGUAACCCUUGCCUCUGCAUUGCCAGUGUGGGCGGCAUCAAGGGGUGAGAGGUUUGCUUUAUUUAUUUAUUACCCAGGGGGGUGCUUAUUUACAUUGAUGGACAUCAAGAGAGCUAAGCCCAUCUUUCAUUGCAAUGAAAGUUCCUGCAUAAAUCUAGUAAUCCACAAUCAUAUCAAUAGAGUUUAUUGGUUCUACAACUUUGACACGUUCCAUUGUGAUUAGGUUUUAUGUUUUGAUGAAUUGUAGAUAUGUUUUAAAAAUCAUGUUGAAAAGGACAUGGUCCAUUUUUAUAAACUAAAUAUUCAUGAAAAGCCAGAUGUAUAAAUAUUAUGAAUGAAUUAUAUAUUUAAAUGGGUCUAUUGUUGUUUUUUGCAGUCUAACUAACAGGUACCGUGGCCAGGUUAUAAAAAAACUCAAUCUUAAAUUCGUUGAAGGAAAUAAUAUACAAAUCAUUUUUCCUGACACUGUACUUUGUUCUUGGAGUUUUGUUUAUAUUUCUUCCCAUUUCUUUCUACUUUUAAAAGCAGCUACUUGGCAGCGAGGAAACUGAAGCUCUACCACUACCAUCUACCAUCUACCAGACUCUAAUAAAACAGUCUUUUUAUGCAUGGCUCAAAACCAUUUUUUUCUCUCCAGAAAUGACUGUGACAGGACCCGAGGUGAAUCAACCACGUUGCCAUGACGCAUCAGCAUCAUAUUUUCUACAAAGUUCCUGUAAAUUCCAAUUGUAAUAUUUCAUAAUAAUGACUAAUGUAAAUAACUUGUGUAUUGAUUGUCAGCCAUUAUGAAGAUGUACCUAAAUUCAAUUAAAACUCAAUUCAGCCUAUAUAUUAAAUCAUUUCCCAAAUGCA